AUGACUUCCCCGUUAAAGGAAUUUGUCAUUUUGCAGGUGCAGUUAUUUGAAAAUGCUGAAUUCAAAAAUCAAACAGAAAUAACUGAAUUCAUUCUCCUGGGAUUUGGAGAUCAACAAGUACUACAGAUUCCACUCUUCUUAUUAUUCCUUCUCAUCUAUGCUGUGACGAUGGCUGGGAAUAUUCUCAUUAUUCUGCUAGUUGCCACUGAUCAAUAUCUUCACACCCCCAUGUACUUUUUUCUUGGGAAUCUCUCCUGCUUGGAGACUUGCUGCAGCUCAGUUAUCUUGCCAAGAAUGAUAUCCAGUUUCCUUACAGGAAGGAAGACAAUUUCUGUCAAUUCAUGCUUUAUGCAACAUUUUGUCUUUGGUUCUACAGGAGCUGUGGAAUGCUAUCUCUUAUCUGUAAUGUCCUAUGACCGGUACUUAGCUAUCUGCAAGCCACUACAUUAUGUCACCAAGAUGAAUGGCAAGUUGUGCCUUCAGCUAGUAGCCAUCUCCUGGUUUAGUGGUCUUCUGACAAGUAGCCUGGGAAUGAUCUCAAUUUCCAUGUUAGAAUUUUGUGUUCGCAAUGAAAUUGACCAUUACUUUUGUGACACCUUUCCAAUCAUAGAACUAUCUUGCACUGACACUCAUAUAGUAAAAUUGUUUCUGUAUGUUUUAUGUUCUAUAGCUACCUUUCCACCAUUUACAUUGACCUUAUCAUCAUACAUCUUUAUCAUUUUAGCCAUACUAAAAAUUCCUUCCAUGACGGGAAAACAAAAGGCAUUUUCUACUUGUUCUUCUCAUCUCUUGGUAGUUACAAUGUUUUAUGGUACACUGAUUAGUAUCUAUGUGAUACCAAAUACUAAUAGACUGAACGGCCUGCACAAAUUUUUUUCUGUCUUCUAUACAAUCCUGACCCCUAUGCUCAACCCCAUCAUAUACAGUCUCAGAAAUAAAGAGGUAAAAGACGCAUUGAGAAGGCUUACUUUAUUUCUAUUUGUUCAAAUGCAGAAGAAAAUGAGAUCUAGGAAUGGUUAA